AAAAAGGGAUAAUUAAAUCCCAGCGAGUCUUUGAUGUGCUGUUGGCUACUGACAGAGGUCACUACACCAAAUAUUUCCCGUACAUGGAUUCUCCUCAAUCUAUCGGAUACAAGGCUACAAUCAGUGCGCCACAUAUGCAUGCCCAUGCACUGGAAUUGCUGAAGGAUCAGCUUGUGGAAGGUGCAAAAGCGCUGGAUGUUGGAUCUGGAAGUGGAUAUCUUACAGCUUGCUUUGCCAGGAUGGUGGGCCCAACAGGGAAAGCUGUGGGCAUAGAGCACAUUAAAGAGCUGGUACACGAAUCCGUCAGAAACGUCCAGGAAGAUGAUCCAACUUUGCUCAGCUCUGGCCGCGUAAAGCUUGUGGUUGGAGAUGGCAGGCAGGGAUACCCCGAAGAGGCUCCUUAUGAUGCCAUUCACGUCGGAGCGGCAGCAGCAACCGUACCGAAGGAGUUGCUGAAUGAACUGAAGCCAGGAGGACGGUUAAUAUUGCCUCUUGGUCCCGAAGGCGCAAACCAAGUUCUGAUGCAGUACGACAAAACCAGCGACGGGCAGAUCAUCGAAACGCAACUGAUGGGCGUGAUCUAUGUUCCUCUGACAGAUAAGGAAAAGCAGUGGCCUCGGGAUGAAUUCUGACAGAUGGAUCUCUCUAAAGUGACCUCAGAAAGCUCAUGAAUGGGACUUUUGACUGUAGAUGGUCUGUAUGGCUGCUGUUUGA